AUGUCAUCUAAAACUACGGUAGAAGAUUUGUCAAAGUUACUUAAAAAGUUUAAUGAAGAUGUUUUAAAAACCAUGGUGGAGGCAACCAAAAUGGAUUAUAAAAAUAAUGUUAAUGAAAUGAGUGACGACCUGAUCGAUUGGGCAUACGAGCAAGGUAUCAGAAAAUUUGUAGAAAAGCUUGAUGCUAAAACAUUAAAAUCAUCGAUGAAGGAAGCUAGUGUUGAACUUGCUGAUGAUGUAACAGCAUUAUCAACUCUUGGAGAAAAAUUCCUUGAUAGUGUUGAACUGGAUCCUAAUGGCCCAGAAGGUUUUUUGAGCAAGAUGAAAAUGUCCACACUUAAAAAGUUUGCUCAAAUACUUAAUUUUGAGACAGAUGCAUCCGAUGAAAAACAAUUUGCCGAAGAUAUUGCUGAUCAGUUUUUAUUGGAUGGAACAAUUAUAAUUAUUGGUCAUUUAUCAGAGGAACAAUUGAAACAAACCUGUGAAAAUCUCAAACUUAAAACCAAGGCUAAAUUUACCAAGGCAAACUAUACAGACUUGAUUCUAGGUCAAGUAUUCAGUGGUAUUCUCCCUGAUGAAGAUGAAGAGGAGGAACCAAAGAAGAACAAUAAGAAGGAAAAGAAACCAAAAGAAAAGAAGGAAAAGAAGGAAAAGAAGGAGAAGAAGAAAAAGACAGUUGAUGGUAGAAAGGAUUCAAAGGCUAGACGUGAAGAACAUAAUGAACAAAUUAAAGCCAACAGAUCAGAGUUGAAAGAUUGCAAGGACUAUGAAGAAAUAUUCCAAAAUUAUUGGACUGAGGAACUUAAAGAAUUCUGUAAAACAAAUGGUGUCAACUCAACAGGUACUAAGAAGGAACUCAUCAAGAGAAUCUUGGAUUUCAAUGAAGAUCCACAAAACAAAGGAUACCCAACCAAGAAGAGAAAACGUAAGGCUGCUUCUUCAGCUAAAAAUAAGAAAAAGAAGCAAACCAAAAAGUCGGGCGAAUCCGAAACUGAAACAGCUGCUAACGGAAAGGAGGAAUCAGAAUCAGCAGAAACUAAGGAAGAAUAA